AUGUCCAGGAAUAAGCUCGCGCCACCAUGCCACUGCGCACGAACUCGCGACGAAAAGCGCCAGCAUGCCUUAACUCCGUCCCAAAGGCAAGAAGCGUUGAACGCGUUCCGCGUUUUCGACAUAAACGGCGACGGAAAAAUCUCCCCAGCGGAGUUGGCGCUGGUAUUGGAGCGACUCAGUCGGACGGAAACCGUCUGCGUCUCCGUCAGCGAACUAAUUCAGUCAGCAGACGUUGACGGCGACGGCCUAGUUGACUUCGAGGAGUUUGUGAAUUCUUCCCUCUUGUGGCGCUCUCCCGAUUCUAGCGGCUGCGACGCGUGCAGACCCAGCGGGAAACCCGGAGAGGCGACAGCAGCACCGACAGCUGAAGACGGCGAGUUGCGGAGAGCUUUUGAUCUGUUCGAUCGCGACGGGAAUGGCACGAUCUGCGCGGGGGAGCUCCAGCAGGCGAUUGAGAUGCUCAGCGGUGACGCCAUGUCGAUGGAGGAUUGCCAUAGAAUGAUCGCCAGAGUAGACGCUAACGGGGAUGGCAAGGUUGACUAUAGCGAGUUCAAACGCAUGAUGGCGGGCGUGCUUUACUGA